UUGAGUCAGUGCCUGUUUGUGGUGUGCGAGCGAGUCGAGAGGAGAGCGUCAGCGAGUGUGUGUUCUAAAGAUAGGCGGAGUUAUAUGCAGGGACAGUCGGGUGCGUUAUCAUAAUUCUCAGGAAACUUCGUCCGUCAACAAUUCUAGAUGUCAUUGCAAGGAACAACAAGCUCCCCUCGCGGACGAGAGAUCCCCAGCCGCAGGAUUGUUCUCAACAACUUAGAACAGCUACCAGGAGAUUACAGUACAACGCCAGGAGGGACGCUGUUCUCCACUACCCCCGGAGGAACAAGAUUAAUUUAUGAUCGGUCUUUCUUACUGGAAUGUCGAAACUCUCCAUUAACAAAAAGUCCUCCAAUCAUGGCGAAGAUUCCUGGCAUCACCGAACCAGGGGAGAUAGAAGUGGCGAAAGAAAAUGGUCGUAAAAUACCUGAGGAAAAAGAAAAAUCUGACCACCCCGAAGAACAGCCUCAGUUUGAGAUGGAUAUCUAGAAUUACCCACAAUGCCUUUCAUUUCAUUUUCCCCUCAACUGCCUGCCAGUGUAGGCUGUCGGAUCUUGGCAGUGCUGACGGACAAGAUGAAAACAACAUGUUUUCAAAAACUUUCUCCAAGUACUUUUAUACAAUCACACAGCUGAAAGGAAAAUGAAGGUCCUGAUUGGUUCAGCCAGAGAAAUGUUUGUUGCCGCGGUUACCCAGGAGAGAAUGAAUGUGACUUUUUGACAGAUAUAAAUUAUCUUAACAUUUAUAUGUUUUUAACAUUUUCCAGUGCUAACAUACAUAUAGUAUGUAAGACAGCGGCAUUACUCUGGUUUCUUUUGAUACCAUGGUUACCAUGAGUACUAUGUAUCAAAGAUGCAACUUGUGUUACUUGUUAUCUUUUAGUUGUUUAUCUGUUUUCAGUUUUAUCUCCAUCUCAAAGUGCUCAAUGCCUAACUAAGGGACGCUCUAGUUACUUAAGCCUAACUGUGAGAUACUCUUGUUUCUUAUGCCUAACUAUGGAUGGGAAAGAUUUCUUCAUAAAACUUAACAGUGAGAUCUCCUGUUUCUUAGCCUAACUAUGGGAUUGGAUUUUCAGUCAUGUGAUCCGAAGCUCACAUGAGGUUCAAUGUCUGCCAUGACAACUUGUUGACUUUCUGGUGGAAUGGUUUGUUUUUUUCUGGCAGUAGCAGAAUAGCAUUUCUUCAGCAAUAAUAAAACUGAUGACUCAUUGACAAUGAAUGUCAACCAGAUCUUGACUAGGUUUGUCUUUAUCAGUAACCAAUGCAAUAAGAAUUUCAGCUACAUUGAUAUCAUAAAAAGAAAGUUGUCAAUUUAAAUGAAAUCGGUUUUCAGAUUGGCGCAGGCAUGGUCUGAAAGUCAUUUACUGCUCAAAAGAAGUUCGAAGUCUGUUUGUUGGGUACCCUCCAACCAUGACAGAAGAACUAGAGUCACAUUAUGUUCUCUAACUUCUUUUGUGUAGUAUAUUAGUUUUCACAAAUAUAGAUGAUAUAACAUGUGUUUAAUAUCAUAUACAUACUGUCAGUAUCAAUAUUAGGCCUUACGUCAUUUACAGUCUCACAUAGCUGAGUAAGGACAAGACAUUUAUUUUAGAUAGGGAAGGAGCUUUGGUCAUUGUGAUAACAGAUGACUCCCCAAUUUUGUCAAUUUUGGGGUGAUGCAGAUUGUAUUCGUUUCUUUCUUGCCCUUUACCAUGGUAACUUCCCUUUCAAUAAAUGGCCACUUCCUUAUGAAGAACAAUGGUGGUGAUAUCCAACCAUCACAUGAAGGCACAUUGUCAUAAUAUUCUGUAUAUUACUUUAUGUCUGGAAGUAGUCUGAUGGAUAGUAUUUCCAAGUCUUCAGCAAGUAUUACUUUGCUCUGAACUCUACUGUGUUCUGCGUUAUGUCUGUGUUGUGUUGCCUCCCUUUAAAUGUUACGAUUUGAUACCGGUAUACAUUUAUUACACUGAAUAUGCAACUAGUGGAACUAGAUGCUCUCCUUUCAAGUACUGUAGCGUUAGAGGGUGGUAAUGAAGCUUGGUCACUGUGUCAACCGCAAUACGUACAUCAUGAAACAGUUUGUCAAUUAUCAUCAGCUGUUGUUACACAAUGAUGGUUUGAGCAUGUACUGGCACAUUGAAGAUCACAGCAUUAACAAAGAAACUAUAAUAGGAGUCCAACUGAUGAAUACAAACCGCUGCUUUAAAUAUGUAUGCUCUACUACAAUUUUGAAGUAGAAUAGGGAAAGUACAUAUGUGGAAACUUAAUAGGCUUGAUUUUUUUUGGGUCACCUUAUUAGUUCUUUGUUGAGGGGGAGGGGCUGAAUUUGAAAUAUUCGGUUAAUACUGAUAUAAAAUUUUGAGUUUAUUGAUGUAUGAAUUGUGACACAAUGUAUUAUUCUGUGAAUCCUUGCUUCCCUGUAAAGUUUCGAGAAACUGCUGCUAAUAUCUUUCCCACCUGUAAGGUAUUUGCUCUGUACUGCUGUUUGUGCAUGUUGACAUGGCAAGCACUGAGGUACCCUACGGGUUGAGAUUGCAGUCUGGUGAUACAUGCUGUUGAGUUUCAUAGUUUUGAUUAACAAGUAAAUUUGCAAGGGGAUAGCUUUGGAAUUUUACAAUCAUGAAAUUCUUAAAUCAAAAUGUCAUUUCAGCUGUUUAGUAUUUUUGUUUAUUUUAUUUUUUAUCACAAAAGAAUCAUUCUCUAUAAACAAUAACAAAUAUGUAUAUUUUUAAGAACAGCAGUUGUGGUUUCAGUUACAAAGCUUUAUCACAGUGUUGGCGUUAUCUCUCCAUUGGUCAUGUGAUGGUCACGUCACUGAAACAGCAUUCCAAAUAUUCAAAACUGGGUAUUCUAACCAUUUGGUAUAUUUGACAGAUUUUGAAAGAUUUAAAACGGGUAAUUGCCAUAACAGUAAUUUGAAACCACACUAAUUACUUUUGUUUAAAGCAGAAAAUCAUGAACAUCUUUUUCUGCACAGUUGGUCAUUCCUUACAGUAAGUGACAUCUCUUACGGUUAUUUCACUUCAUGAAAUAUCCUUCUAGUCGUGUUGAUAGGGUUACUCUCAUAAUAGUUAUGAGUCUGACUGCUUUGUGUAAAUGCAUGUUAAUGGGUUUUUUUGUCAAAAAAAUCUGUCUCUGUGUGAUGUAAGUUAAGUUCUUUUUAAACAAAUUCAAAAAGACAAGUUACGUUUAGAAGUUGUAUCUUUGAUAGUACUGAUCCAUAUUGAUACAUUUUCAUGUAAACAACAUAAAAUAUGGUAUUUUAUUUUAUUGGGAUUAUGUUUGAAACAAAUGCAUUUCUAUUUCACAAUGAAGCAUGUCUUUUGCAAAGAGAGAACAAAUGUUUAUGUUUAAGGGGAAGUAACUCUGUCAUGUUAAGGUGUUUACUGCUUAGUCCCACUAGGAGAAAGAAGAAUAACAGGAAAACUACCAAAUGCUGUCUGCACAAUAAUGCUGCUUAAACACCUGUUGGGCAGAUGUUUAUGUAGGCUGCUGUUAAAUCCAAAAUAUUAUUAUUUACAAAAAUUGAAAUAAAAAAAAAGAAAAUACA